GGCGGAGAGCGGGGAAGGCGGGAGCCGGAGGUGGAGGCGGGGCCGCUGGCCCUGGCGCUGCGUGCCGCCGCGGCUGUGCGGGCCCUCCGGGCUGCGCUAGCAGGUCUAGGACGCCGAGCGGUACCUCUCAGCCGCCCUCGAGGGCUGUGACGGACUGCAGGAGAUGCCUACAUAGAAGAGUGACAGCAGCUGGACCAAGUGUUUCACUGCUGAACUGGCUCCUCAGGUAUCCUGGCUCUGGCAAUUGCUAUGGGAGAUUGGAUGACUGUUACUGAUCCAGGUCUGACUUCAGAAAGCAAAAAUAUCUCUCAAUAUACCUCAGAAACAAAGAUGUCUCCGUCAAGUUUGUACUCACAGCAAGUGCUAUGUUCUUCAAUACCUUUAUCAAAAAACGUGCACAGUUUUUUUAGUGCCUUCUGCACAGAAGAGAAUAUUGAACAAAGUAUUUCAUAUCUUGAUCAGGAAUUGACUACUUUUGGAUUUCCUUCAUUGUAUGAAGAAUCCCAAGGUAAAGAGACAAAGAGAAAAUUAAAUGUAGUUGCUGUUUUAAAUUGUAUGAAUGAGCUACUUGUACUUCAGCGGAAGAACCUUCUAGCUCAGGAAAAUGUGGAAACACAGAAUCUGAAACUGGGAAGCGACAUGGACCAUCUGCAGAACUGCUAUGCAAAACUGAAGGAACAACUGGAAACCUCCAGGAGAGAAGUGAUUGGGCUUCAGGAAAGAGAUAGACAGUUACAGUGCAAGAAUAGGAAUUUGCAUCAGCUACUGAAAAAUGAGAAAGACGAGGUGCAAAAAUUACAAAAUAUCAUUGCAAGUCGAGCUACUCAAUAUAAUCAUGACAUGAAGAGAAAAGAGCGUGAAUAUAAUAAACUAAAGGAACGUCUACAUCAACUUGUUAUGAACAAGAAGGAUAAAAAAAUAGCUAUGGAAGUUUUAAAUUAUGUGGGGCGAGCGGAUGGGAAAAGAGGCUCCUGGAGGACGGGUAAAACUGAAGCCAGUUUCUUUCUCAGGAAUGAAGAUGAAAUGUAUAAAAUUCUCUUGAAUGAUUAUGAAUAUCGUCAGAAACAAAUCCUAAUGGAAAAUGCUGAACUUAAGAAGGUUCUUCAGCAAAUGAAAAAGGAAAUGAUUUCUCUUCUUUCUCCCCAAAAGCAGAAACCUAGAGAAAGAGCAGAUGAUAGUACAGGAACUGUUAUUUCUGAUGUUGAAGAAGAUGGUGGGGAACUGAGCAGAGAGAAUAUGUGGGACCUUUCCUGUGAAACUGUGAGAGAGCAGCUUACAAACAGCAUCAGAAAACAGUGGAGAAUUUUGAAAAGUCAUGUAGAAAAACUUGAUAACCAGGUUUCCAAGGUACACCUAGAAGGUUUUAAUGAUGAAGAUGUAAUCUCACGACAAGACCAUGAGCAAGAAACUGAAAAACUUGAGUUAGAAAUUCAGCAGUGUAAAGAGAUGAUUAAAACUCAGCAGCAGCUUUUACAGCAGCAGCUGGCUACCGCCUGUGAUGAUGACACUACUUCACUGCUACGAGACUGCUACUUGUUGGAAGAAAAGGAGCGCCUCAAAGAAGAAUGGUCCCUGUUUAAAGAGCAAAAAAAGAAUUUUGAGAAAGAAAGACGAAGCUUUACAGAAGCAGCUAUUCGCCUAGGAUUGGAGCGAAAGGCAUUUGAAGAAGAAAGAGCCAGUUGGUUAAAGCAGCAGUUUUUAAACAUGACUACCUUUGACCACCAGAACUCGGAAAAUGUGAAGCUUUUCAGUGCCUUCUCCGGAAGUCCUGAUCGGGACAACCCUGUAGUGCACUCAAGGCCACGGCAAAAGAAGCCUCACAGUGUGUCUAGCGGGUCUCCAGUUUGCACAUCUAAACUUGCUAAAUCUCUUCCUGCUUCCCCUUCUACUUCAGACUUUUGCCAGACACGUUCCUGUGCAUCUGAACAUAGCAGUUCAAUCAGUGUACUAAACAUAACCCCUGAAGAAACCAAACCAAAUCAGGUUGGAAGAGAAUGUACCAAUCAGAAGUGGAACCCGGCAUCAAGACCUGGAUCCCAGGAAGGUCGCUCCAGCGGAUGCUCGGCAACCUUCACAAAUUCUCACAUAGAGAAGGAUGGCCUACCUUAGACCUGCGAACUGGGCUUUUUUUUUUUUUUUUUUUUCUUUUUCCAUUUACAUGUUCAUCACAUUUCACCUCUGAGUUGAAACAGGGUGUGUCAUAAAGUCAGUUGUCUCUAAUAAUUUAAGAUGGCCUGUGUUUGUUUGGACUUCCUGUUCCUCCCCCAAAGAGCUAAAAUGAUAAAUCUAUUUAAAAGUAUAUAAAAGCUUUGGAUAUGUAUUUUUAGUAACAGAAGCAUCUGGUUCUGUCAAUAAAGGAAUGUAUAGAUGUUUGGAUGGAAACAAAGCACUAGAAUGAGUUUCCUCCUUAUAGGUAUAAAAAUAGCACUUUUAGGAAACUGAUUAUUGUAAAUGUUUAAUUUUGUGUCAUAUAUAGUUGGCAUUGGAAGUUUAGCCUUUACUUGAAUGUAUACUGUAGAUUUUUAACAAAGCAAGUUCUAUAUUUAUUAUGUUUAGUGUGAUUUGAAAUUCCCUCUUUGAUAUGUUUUAAAUAAAGUGAAAUUUAUGUAUGUUUUGUAUAUAGAUACACAUGAUUAUGCUAAGAGGCUUUAAGAUUUAAAGAUUUUACACAUCCAUAAUUAUAGUAUUUCAUGCCAAUAAAAUUUUUAUUAGCGAUAUCCUGUUUACAGAUGUAUUAGAGCCAUGGCCACAUUAUGUUUAAGAAUUUUUUGAACCCAUCUGAGCAAUAAAUACUCAAAAGUUAUUCCAUGAAGCCAAGUUCUUUAGAUAAUUAACAUUACUAACAUUACAUUUUUGAGAUUUCUAUAGCAUUAGAUUUUUUAUUAUUGUAGAAUAUUAUGAUUUUUCAAAGCACUCUUGGUUUUUGGGUAGGAGAAGUAAGACAACAAGAGUAGCUUGGGAUAAAACAAUUUGAGAAUAUUAGUUUACAAUAUAUGGAUGAUAGAAGAUAUUAAGAUAUUUAAGAUGCUUGGAUGGUGAUAUUUUCUUUACCAGAUGGGUACCUAUACCAUAACACCUGUACCAGCAAAGGCUUUGUAUAGUUGCCAGUCAUUCUUUAAUAAUUUUUCAAUAAGAUAUUUGCUGGUAAGAAAAUCUGACAAUGUAGAAGUGUCAGAUUUUAUAAUCCUGAUAUUAUGAUGCUCUGGACAAACUUGUGGCAUUUCAUUUUCAGGCCCGAUUGCAUGUUUCUUCAUGGAUGUUACUGUUAUUGACAAUAAGAUAAUCAUUGUAGGCCCAGGUGCUUUCCCUGGAUUCUCAUCAGAAAGCUUUAAGUACCUAAUCCUAUUUGUCUCUGCAUAUAGAAACCUACACAUAUGCAGCCCCUGCUGUAGAGAUUGUAGUUUAAGCCCAUCUACCUUCCCAUUCUCUAUCAGCUCAGCCAUUUGUGUUCCCUCACCUGGCUGUAGCUGUUCCAUUUAAAUGUGUCAUGCUAAAAAGUGCUUUUGUCAUCCACCCACUAUGUAUAACUCUUUGGAGCUGUGUGGCAGCAGCCAUUUUUUUUCAGGGCUGGUAGCAUAUUGAGUAUCUUAUAAGACAUUAGUGAAACUACUCAUGAGAAAGUGCCACAUUUAUAGUCUCAAAAAGCUGGCUCUUGAGCAAAUUAGAGCUCAAGACACACUCAGCUUGGUGCAUGGCACUUCAUAACUAUUUAAAAUGUUAGAAAUGAUGCAGAAUUUCAGAGAUAGUAACCAUAUUCAAAGGAAGAAACAGCUGGAAUAUUCUUUUUGCUAUUGAGCAAUAAUGUGGUCAAAGAAAAAGAAUCAAACUUUCUAAAAUAGUCAGUAAUACAUUUGUCAAGAAUUGGGUGGUCUCCCCUGCCCAGGGGUUUCCAUAAUGUACUUUGCUAGAAACAAGUGUUCUAAUUUUUAAAGUGAAUUUCAAAUUUUAGGGAAUAUUGUAUUCUGUGAUGAUGAAUUUCUACAAAGCAGCUUCUGUUUUUUGUUUUUCCAUUUUAAAGUUAAGUUGAAUUCUCAGAAAAAUCCCUCGAAGACUUAACUUUGGAAUCUAAGCUGUGAAAGAAACAGUAAAAUCAAAGUCAUGUUCACUGUACUUUGGAUAAAGGUGUGCAUGGAUCGGCCAGAAGUUGUAUGUUUUACUUAACAGUGUCGUUAAGUUGCUCAACAUUCCAGUGAUGGUUCCUAGUCACACUAAACUUCCCAGAAUGUUGAAAUGGUUUCCAUGUUGGAUAACUCCUGGUCCCACACGUGAAAUGCCUAGGAUUUUAUUUCCCUUCUCUUUCUAGGUGUUUGCCCUGUGCUCAUGCAGAUGUUCUGCCGUCUUGCACGUAGCCAUGAGGAGAUGAGAGCAACAUGUUCGCUUUAGCUUGAAAGUCCUCCUGAUCAUCUGAAAUGUCUGUGUAUCAAGAGGCAAAUCUGAAAUAUCUUGUGCCUUAUUUGUUUUUACCGGACAUACCUGUUUUGAAUUUUCAAAGCAUAAAAGUGCAAAGAAAAUUUAAGAGAAAAAUUUUAUUUCCUACUCUUAAAUGUUUGUAAAUCUUCCAUUUAUGAUGAGAAACUUAAUAAAAGAAUAAGCCUAUCAGAAAAUUAAGAUUAAAAUUAAAUUGAAUAGGCAUUUUCUUGUAGUAGAAGUAUUAAGUGCUUAGAUUCACAAAACAGUCCACGGCAAGUUUUCUUCCUCAUGGAAUAAUUAAAAUACUAUUGUUACUUAGAGUUCCAUUUUUCCUACUGUUGCUAACCAGACUUGUUCAUAGGCUUGUGGUGACAGCUUUUGUGGGAAAACAUAUUCAAUGGCACGUGGUAAAGAGAAGGGCGCCCUGGAAUCCAGUUUUGACCUGCCGUGGUGAUGCAUUUGAAAAAGUCCAGAAUACCAGGAGAGGUCUUGCUGUGUGUACGCCUGGAAUGCCGUGAGCUAGCAAGCCCUUUAUGAGAUGCCCUGUUAUGCCUGUUGUCUGAUGUAAAUCAUGCACUUAUUUCUAGAUUGGAUUUAAAAUAAGUAUGUGUCAUGGAAAUCUAGUAAAUAUGCCUUUUCCUA